UCAAUUUGAACGACAAUAUGCAGACAAUUUCGGAUAACAWUAGURAUGUGGACAGUGUGACAUCAAGUGAUAGUGAAUUUGCUUUGGAAAGACUUGCAUUUAAAAGACAACCCGUUGUUGUCUUGAGUCCUCUGAAAAUGCCAAUCAAUGAAUCAAAUACUGUCGACAAUAGUCGUCUAAACGAGUCUGAAGUCAAAACUAAAAGCACCGAUCGUUUCAAAUGUGGUCAAUGCGACCGAUUAUUUUCGACAGAGUCCUGGUUUGAAUACCAUAUGAAUAGUUGUCACCUGAAAUGCCGACCAUUCAGAUGUGAUAAAUGCAAAAAUGGUUUCUUUAACAACAUAUCACUACUCAAUCAUUUGGCACAAAAACAUGUGACUAAAGCUUUUGCUUGCGAUUGUUGUCACUUCAAGAGUUGGUCCAAAUGGCAUAUCACUCAACAUAAGCUGAUUCAUUCAGCCAAUCGGCCACAUGUAUGCAAUUACAAGAACUGCGACAAAUCAUUUAAACGCAAAGACAAACUACGCGAACACCAGUUAUCCAUUCACUCGACUGAUCGGCAAUUUGUUUGCAAUUACGAUGACUGCGAUCAAUCGUUUAGUCGCAAACAGACACUCAAUCGACACCAAAAAGAUGUUCACUCGACUGAACGGCCAUUUGUAUGCAAUUAUGACGACUGCAACCAGUCGUUCAAACGCAAAGACAAUAUGCGUAAACAUCAGACAGCCGUUCACUUAAACAAUCGGCGAGAUGUCUGCGAUGACUGGGAUGACAGCGACGAUUGGUUUAAAAACAAAGAAACAUUGAGUCGACACAAGAAACUGAUUCACCGAAAGCUUAAACAUUUUAAAUAAUUGGUGUCUAAAUGAUAGUGAAGGUCGACAACCAUCAGAAAGUUAAGACUAAUGAGUUU